GCACGGCAGGAAGGAGCCUGGCAGGAGGAAAUAUUAAAUCCUGGGAUAUAAACACGGCGUCGGGAGCAGCCCCGCCCCAGUGCGGCCCCCCUGAAAAGCGCGGUCCCGGCGGGGUGGGGCGGCCAGAGCGGCGGCGAGGAUGGAGAAGAGCAGCUUCGCCAUGGCCAAGUUCGGGCUGGAGCACAAGGAGGCGAUGCCGAAGCGCGAUUGCGGUUUUUACCUCAAAUACAUUUUCCUUUUCACCUCGCUGAUCCAAUUCCUGAUCAUCCUGGGGCUCGUGCUCUUCAUGGUGUACGGGAACGCCCAGGCGGGCACUGACACCCACCUGAGGCUCCUGGAGGAGCAGGUGCAGAGCCACUACCGCAGGAUUGUCACCCUGAGCGCCACCAACGCCAACCUGAGCCGCGCGCUCAACGCCACCCUGAAGGACAAGGACAAGCUGCAGGGGAUGGCGCUGAAGGUGCAGAGGGAGCUGGAGAAGUGUAACAGCAGCCAGGCCUCUAGCAGCAUCCCGCAGCUGCGGGAGCUCCUGUUCCGGCAGGUGAGGCUGACCGAGUGCCAGGUGAUCACCACCCUCAUCAACACCACCUGCAAUGCCGAGAAGCUGCAGCUGCAGCGGCAGCUGGACCAGGCCAGCUCAUCCAAGAAAAGCCUGGAGGACAGCGGGCGGCAGAGCCAGGCUGAGCUGGCCAAAGCCACCCGUGAGAGGGACAGGUGCCAGCAGGACCUGCAGAGCGCCAGGACCGAGGGCGACCUGAGCAGGAUGGAGCUGGAGGUGCAGAAACACCGCUGCAGCUCCCUGCAGAGCGAUGUGAGCGAGAAAAUCCUGAGGAUUUCGGAGCUGGCCAAGCAAUACCAGUGCAAAGAAGCCGAGAAGGAGCUGGGGCAGAUCCGGGACCGCGUGGAGGGGCUGCUGCGGCGGCAGCAGGAGCGCGACGCGCACUUCGUGUGGAGGAGCAGCUGUGAGCUGAGCGUGCAGCAGUGCCGCCACAACUGCUCCCGCGACACGCAGGAGCUGCACAAGAGGAUCCAGGGCCUGGAGAAGCGCGAGAAGGACGGCGAGGAGGAGAGGAAGAGGAUGCAGGCGGAGAAGGAGAAGGUGGGGAAGGAGCUGGAGGAGAAGAGGAAGGAGGCAGCGGCGACGGCGGAGUCACUGAGGCAGCAGCUCGGGGUCUGCAUGGGAACCAAGAUGUCCCACCUGGACCUGCCGGGCUCGCGGGUGCCGGGCAGCACCGCCCGCUCAGGCUCCUUCCCUGGCAUGGGCACCUACAUGGAGCUCCUGAAGAACCCAGCCACCCUGGGCACCAUGGGUGAGUCCCUGGGGGGACUGGGGACACGCUGGGGGGUCACCAUGUCCCCUGGGUGCCCAUCCCAUCAAUCCCAUCGCAAUUCAUGGAUCCCACCCCAAUCCCACGGAUUCCAUCCCAUCCCAAUCCCACCCCAAUCCCAUCAAUCCCAAUCCCAUCAAUCCCAUCCCAAAUCCACCCUUGCUCCCCUGGAUCCCAUCCCAUGGGUCCCACCCCAAUCCAGCAGGAAUGCAGAACCCGGCAGAGCUCCAGCAGAUGCUGCAGCUGAUGGAGCAGUACACGGCCACCCUGAAGAACGCCAGUGGAUAACGCUGGAAAAUCCCAUGGAAAACCAGGAGUGCCGCCCAGGAAGUGCUUCCCGCAGUACGGAUGGCAACCCCUGCCCCAGGGCCACCCUCCCUCUGUCCCUUUGUCCCCGUGUCCCCAACCCCACCCCGUGUGUCCCCUCAGAUGUAUCCCUGCCUCUCGGCUGGAGCGGGACAACAGCCGGCCCCAAAUCUGGGGACAACUCGCUGCUCGUGUGGGUGGAAAUUCAUGGGAAAAUCGGGAAUUUUGGGAGCGGGAAUUCCACACAGAGGGGUGGGGCACACCCAAAGGACAGGGAUGUCCUUGUCCUCAAAGGAUGGAGGACAGCGCUGCCCUUGUCCUCCCGCCCUGAAUUUGGGGACAACAUGCCACUCCUGCAGAUGGAAAUCCAUGGAAAAAUUGGGAAUUUUGGGAGCGGGAAUUCCACACAGAGGGGUUGGACACGCCUGAGGAUGAGGCACAGGGAUGUCCUUGUCCCCAGAGGAUGAGGGACAGCGCUGUCCUUGUUCCCCGGCCCUGAAUCUGGGGACAACUCGCCACUUGUGUGGAUGGAAAUCCAUGGAAAAAUUGGGAUGGGGAGCGGGAAUUCCAUCCCAGCUCUGCACAGAGGGGUGGGAAAUGCCCAAGGACG